CAGAUCUGUUCCACUGCCUUGUGCUUUACAUCCGCUGUCAAAAUGGUAGAUGUCUUCUGUGCCACCUGGAAACUGAUAGACAGCCAAAACUUUGAUGAGUACAUGAAAGCUCUAGGAGUGGGUUUCGCCACCAGACAGGUUGGAAAUGUGACAAAACCCACAGUGAUUAUUAACCAAGAAGGGGACAAAGUGGUGAUCAGAACCCAGAGCACAUUUAAGAACACAGAGGUCAGCUUUAAGCUAGGGGAAGAAUUUGAUGAAGCCACAGCAGAUGACAGGAAUUGUAAGUCCACUGUAACCCUAGAAGGGGAUAAAUUGGUGCAUGUACAGAAAUGGGAUGGAAAAGAGACCAAGUUUGUAAGGGAAAUCAAAGAUGGCAAAAUGAUUAUGACCCUUACUUUUGGUGAUAUUGUUUCUGUUCGUCAGUAUGAGAAGGCAUAAUAUGGCAUUAUCUGAUGUGUGACCACUGCUUGCCCAAGUGUCACUUCUCUUGAAGACUGGGAGGAAGUUCAUCUUUACUGACAGUUACAUCAUGAACUUUAUACCUUCUGCAAUAGAAAUCAUAUGUCCAGUUCUGUGUACACUGCCAACUUGUACCACCGAAUUUUUAUUGCUGGAUACUAUGUAACAACUUUUUUAUUAAAGUUUUGAAAUUCUUGUAUUUUUA